AUGACUAUUCAUCUAUUGUAUUUUCAUGCAAAUAGGGGGCAAGAAAACUCUAUGGAAAGAUGGUGGUUUAAUUCGAUGUUGUUUAAGAAGGAGUUCAAACGCAGGUGUGGGCUAAAUAAAUCAAUGGGCAGUCUUGGUCCUAUUGAAAAUACCAGUGAAGAUCCAAAUCGAAAAGUGAAAAACAUUCAUAGUUGCAGUAAUGUUGAUUAUUUAUUCGGCGUUAAAGACAUUCGGAAUUUCAUCUCUGAUGAUACUUUUUUAGUUAGUGAUAGGAAUGGAGACAGUUAUUCCAUCUAUUUUGAUAUUGAAAAUCAGAUUUUUGAGAUUGACAACGAUCAUUCUUUUCUGAGUGAACUAGAAAGUUCUUUUUAUAGUUAUCGAAACUCGAGUUAUCUGAAUAAUGGAUUUAGGGGCGAAGAUCCCUACUAUAAUUCUUACAUGUAUGAUACUCAAUAUAGUUGGAAUAAUCACAUUAAUAGUUGCAUUGAUAAUUAUCUUCAGGCUCAAAUCUGUAUAGAUACUUCCAUUAUAAGUGGUAAUGAGAAUUACGGUGACAGUUACAUUUAUAGAACCAUUUGUGGUAGUGAAAGUCGAAAUAGUAGUGAAAAUGAGGGUUCCAGUAGACGAACUCGCACGAAGGGCAGUGAUUUAACUAUAAGAGAAAGUUCUAAUGAUCUCGAGGUAACUCAAAAAUACAAGCAUUUGUGGGUUCAAUGCGAAAAUUGUUAUGGAUUAAAUUAUAAGAAAUUUUUGAAAUCAAAAAUGAAUAUUUGUGAACAAUGUGGAUAUCAUUUGAAAAUGAGCAGUUCGGAUAGAAUUGAACUUUUGAUUGAUCCGGGUACUUGGGAUCCUAUGGAUGAAGACAUGGUCUCUCUGGAUCCCAUUGAAUUUCAUUCGGAGGAGGAGCCUUAUAAAGAUCGUAUUGAUUCUUAUCAAAGAAAGACAGGAUUAACCGAGGCUGUUCAAACAGGCAUAGGCCAACUAAACGGCAUUCCCGUAGCAAUUGGGGUUAUGGAUUUUCAGUUUAUGGGGGGUAGUAUGGGAUCCGUAGUCGGAGAGAAAAUCACCCGUUUGAUUGAACACGCUGCGAAUCAAAUUUUACCUCUUAUUAUAGUGUGUGCUUCUGGGGGGGCGCGCAUGCAGGAAGGAAGUUUGAGCUUGAUGCAAAUGGCUAAAAUAUCGUCUGCUUUAUAUGAUUAUCAAUUAAAUAAAAAGUUAUUUUAUGUAUCAAUCCUUACAUCUCCGACAACUGGUGGAGUAACAGCUAGUUUUGGUAUGUUGGGGGAUAUCAUUAUUGCCGAACCCAAUGCCUACAUUGCAUUUGCAGGUAAAAGAGUAAUUGAACAAACAUUGAAUAAAACAGUACCCGAAGGUUCACAAGCAGCUGAAUACUUAUUCCAGAAGGGUUUAUUCGACCUAAUUGUACCACGUAAUCUUUUAAAAAGCGUUCUGAGUGAGUUAUUUAAGCUCCACGCCUUUUUUCCUUUGAAUCAAAAGGAAAGCAAAAUCAAGUAG